AUGGCCAGCCUCGGUGAUAUCAAACGCCAGCUCUCCGUUCUCAUGGACUCAAUCAAAACCCAGGGCUUCAAGUUUGAAGAUGCCAUGCCUGAAGAAAUGCAGGAUCAUUUCCAGGAAAUGACAGCCUUGGCCGAGGCACGCGCAUACAUCACGGAUAUGGAGGCUAGACAAAAGGAUUUGCAGGCGGCCAACGUGGAUCUCCAGGUCCAGCUUCAGGCAAAGCAGGCUGAGGUUGAUGACCAGCCCACCGAGUUCAAGGCUCUCAAAGUCGACCUUCAGCAAGCUGGACGCCACGUGGACUACUGGAAAGACAUGCUAGAGCAUGAGGAGCGUCGUGCGAACAGCUUUGAGCGCAAACUGGCCGAGGCUGUAAGGCUGCAAUCCGUAGCCGAUGACGAUGCCCGCAAGAUCUCACGCCUUGAGAGCCAAGCGAAAGAUUACGAGGCUAUGGCUUUCAAACUUUUGGAAGAGAAUCGUCGGUUGGCAGACCAGUACGAGACCGAACACGAUGAGACAUUGAAGCUCAUCGAGGAAAAAGAAGAUACUGCUACUGCUCUCCGCAACUAUGCCAACAAGCUUGAGGCCGAUGCAGUGCAAGUCGACGAGCAUUCCGAGCAGGUGGAAGACACACUGGGUUCCAUCAUCGAUACUCUCGAACAGCAGACUCAAUCGGCUGCAGAGGUAGCGAAUGCCAAGUCUGCGAUGUUUUACAGCCAGCGGGACUUCAACGACAAGCUAUUAUCCACCCUUGUUAGCGAGCUUACGCCACUGGGUCGCUUCUACGAUCAAAUCACAGGUAUUCUGGGCGUGUAUCAGAAUGUCAUCAAGGACCUCACAGAUCCGCGAUCCCGUACGUUCUACUUUCCCGAGACUCUCGAUUCCUUGCUGGAUGGAGCCAAUGACCAACUUGUUGUGUACCAGGAAGUUUGCCACAGCGUUCGAAAUGAUCCAGACAUCCAGCGGUAUGGUCUUGCGCAGGAAGCAGUGUUCGCCCGGGUGGACGCUAUUGCAGAUGUUGCAGCGCGCUUAUCCACCAACUUACACGCUUUCAAGGCGGAUGUGUCUGGCUAUCUCGACCGACUGAGUAACGACUCAGGCGCAUGUUCUCGACAUGAGAGCGGUCUCUUGACGCCAACGCAGAGCAGUUUUCUGUUUUUCCCUGUCAUGGCCACUCAGUCGACCCAAGAGGAGGGAAGUCUUGCUCGAGACACGGUUGUACGGCGGUCCACCCCUGAGCAAGCACAAGCUGUCGCUUCCGCUGUUACUCAGAACAAUACUGCAGAGCCUUUGGGAAAUACAUCUCCUUUCCACGACAACGAUCGCGUCACUUCUGAGAUCGAAGACGAAGUCCCCCCUCCUGCCUACGGUGAUAUCUAUGGCGAAAUCCGGAGCGAAAAGGACGGAAUAGGCACGAGUGCCAACGUCACGGACGACGGGCGUGUCAAUAUUCGCGUCAACCAACUGAAUCGCCGUUUGUCUCAGGUUUUCAGUACUACUUUACAUCAACAAACUCAACGGGUCGAAGACGAUCUGCCUCGCUCAACCAACGUUUCUUCUUCGCUGGCAAGCGCAGAGGGAGCUUCUCUACCCCCAUGUCUGAAUGUUGUCAUCCAAGUUGUGGGCUCGCGCGGAGAUGUUCAACCUUUCAUCGCGUUGGGGAAAGUCCUAAAAGAGACCUAUGGUCAUCGGGUACGUCUAGCAACUCACCCCUGCUUCGACAGCUUCGUGCAGGAGAAUGGCCUCGAAUUCUUCAGCAUCGGCGGCGAUCCAUCGAAGCUCAUGGCUUUUAUGGUCAAGAACCCUGCGUUAAUGCCAGGCUUUCGCAGUCUGCUAAGCGGAGAUGUUGCUAGACGAAGACAAGAUGUUGCAGAGUAUAUUGAAGGCUGCUGGCGAUCUUGCUACGAAUCUGGCAACGGCUUGGACGCUGAUGACCUUUCGGGCCCGACUGAAAAUGAGUCCGGCUUAAGGUCUGGAACGAGGCCUUUUGUUGCCGAUUGCAUCAUCGCCAACCCUCCAAGUUUUGCGCAUAUCCAUUGCGCAGAAAAGCUCGGCAUACCUCUCCACAUCAUGUUCACCAUGCCAUAUUCUCCUACGCAGGCUUUUGCUCAUCCGCUGGCCAAUAUCCAGUCUUCCAAUGCUGACCGUCAACUCACUAAUUACAUAAGCUAUGCUUUGAUCGAGCUUCUAUCCUGGCAAGGCCUUGGCGACAUUAUCAACCAGUUUCGUGCCAAAUGUCUUAGUCUGGAUCCUGUAAGUGUGCUAUGGGCUCCUGGUAUGCUCCAGCGUCUUGAAGUUCCUCACACCUACUGCUGGUCUCCCGCCCUGAUCCCGAAACCAAAGGACUGGGGCCCUCGCAUAUCUAUCGCUGGUUUCUACUUCCUCAACUUGGCAUCUGGCUAUACUCCGGAUGUCAGCCUUCAAGCAUUUCUUGACGCUGGUGCACCUCCCGUCUACAUAGGUUUUGGAAGCAUCGUGCUAGACGAUCCAAACGCAAUGACGGAGCUCAUCUUUGAGGCCGUGAAGAAGACUGGCCAGCGUGUUCUUCUAUCGAAAGGGUGGGGAGGCAUGGGUGCAGACGAGCUCCAUGUUCCUGAUAGCCCCUUUUGGGGCGCCAUGGUUGCCCGCGCAGGUGCAGGUCCUGAUUCGAUCCCACACAAACAGCUGACAGCAGACAAUCUCGCUGAUGCCAUCAACUUCUGUCUGAAACCUGAAAGCUUGCAGCGCGCUAGGACUCUCGCAGACAAAAUAACCGCGGAGAGAGGCAGUGACAAGGGCGCUGAGUUAUUUCAUCAACAUCUCGAAGCCGACCGAUUGCGCUGUACCAUUGCACCUUUUCGAGUAGCCGCUUGGCGCGUAAAGCGUACAAGUAUACGUUUGAGCGCUUUUGCUGCUUAUACGUUGGCGAAUGUAGGUAUCCUCGAUUUCGAUGAUGUCAAGCUCUUCAGGGCACAAGAAUACAACACUGACGAAGGCCCUCACGAUCCAGUUUCUGGAGGUUUCACGACAGCUUGUAGAGCAGCUAGCAAUAUGGGAGUGGGCAUAGCUGAGUUGCCUACUGAAACGUUCAAAGCUUUGCGCGUUCGCCCUGGGUCCACUUCGAAAGUCAGUUCAAACUCGAAGUCCGAUGCAUCGCAAGGACAGUCGACCAUCAGAGAGGAUGGCCUGAACGAGAUGCCAAAGCCUAGCCGGAACAAUACCAGCUCAAUCAAGAUUGGUGUUUCGCAACGCCAGUCCGGAGCACACGCAAACAAAGGGAUCGGUCGUUUCACAAAAGCACUUAUACAGUCACCUAUGGAGCUAUCAGUGAGCUUCACCAAAGGCUUUCACAACGCUCCUAAGCUUUGGGGAGACGACACCGUACGCCCUCAGGAGCGCGUCAGCGAUUUCAAGACGGGCAUGAAUGCCCUCGGAAGAGAAUUUGCCUUUGGAUGGUACGAUGGCGUUACUGGUCUGGUCACACAACCCUGGAAAGGUGCACAAAAGGAUGGGGCUAGUGGCUUUGUCAAAGGAAUGGGAAAAGGGCUUGCAGGAUUCAUAGCCAAGCCAGGUGCUGCCGUCGUCGGCAUUCUCGGUCACUCGAUGAAGGGCGUACACAAAGAGUUGCAGAAGAUGUAUGUCGGUAAUGUUGAGAACCAUAUCGCGGCGUCGAGGGUAGCCCAGGGACACGAGGAGUGGCUCCAGAGCUCCGAGGCUGAGAAACAGGAUGUCGUUGUUCGAUGGAAGCUGAUUCAGAAAUACCUAAAGAAGAGAAAGACUGAUGAUAUAGUGCGAGAUGUCUUGGAGGCACAGCGUAAGAGUAAACCGGAGAAUGCAGAGGAAGGUCGAAAUGGUGGAAGGAAAACGAGUGUCGCCCAGUCUACGAACGGUACGGAUGAAGUGACCCAGGCCAACAGCACCACUGAGGAGCUGCAGGAAGAGAAUGAUAUGAGCGCAGCUAUUCGACUGUCGGUCCAGGAAACUAGGCGCGGAGACAUCCAGGACGAUACUGAAGCAGAGCGAGCAAUCCGGGAGAGCGUCUCCCAGUCGCAGCACAAUCGCCAAGAAGCUAUUGAUUACGAAGUAUUACGCCAGACGAUGAAUCGCAGUGAAGCCGACGCUGAAAGACAAGCAAGCGAGGCGUUGGAGUUUGAGAAACAGCUGAAACUUGUCAUCGCGCAGAGUCUGAAUGAAAAAAGACAGACGCGCAACUCCAGCGAAUGGCAAGCGCAUGCGGAAUACAGUAAUAUUAAUACUACUACAAAUGGUGGUUCACUACCUUUAUAUGUCGGUAAACAUGUUCAGGGCAUUACACAAAGCGCAUUUGAGGCGCAACAUCAGGGUGAGAAGACGACACACGAGAAGACGGAAGAAGAGGUUGUGAUGGAAUAUGUCAAGAAGCAAAGCCUCUUGGAAGCACAUCAUCAUAGUAAGGGAAAAGGCCGUGCGUUGGCGUCAGAAGACUUAGAUGAUGAGGAGUUACAAAGGGCGUUGAGCUUGAGCUUGAGCUUGAGCAUGCAGAGACACGAACAUGAUGUCUAG